GACACAAAAGAAGGAACCAGCUGUGCAUCUCAGCACUGCCUUUGGGGUUCAGAAAUACUCAGGAGAGGAAUGCAGAUUUGACCUGACCGAGGUGUGCAGCGGGGGCAAGUAUUGUAUCUGGGCUGAAGGCACUUGCCUGGGGUCUGCGACACUCACAAGACACGCUGCAGGCAUUGCAGGCUUGAAGAAAGCUCCUUUUCUGCUGCCAUGGCAACCAUACAAGGACCAGAAGGGACCACACCAGGCACUGGCUCUGGUGUGUACCAGCCAGAGCAGUCUGCUAUUCUACGAUCACAUCUGCAUAAAGGGAUAUCAGAGAAGUUCUUGAAGGGGGAACCUAAAGCCCUUGGGGUUGUGCAGAUCCUGAUUGCCCUGAUGGUCCUCAGCUUCACAAUAGUACACCUGAGUAUCACAUUGCCGUUCAAAGAAAGCAGUCUUUUGGCAGAGCAUGACUUGUUCAGAAUAGUGGGGUCACUGAUGUUUAUUACUUCAGGGUCCUUGUCAGUUGCAGCCGGCAAUAGAACUACGAAAGGUCUGAUCAGAAGCAGCCUGGGAGUAAACAUCGCCAGCUCUAUCUUGGCCGUAAUAGGGGUCUUUUACAAUGUAAUCCAUUUGGAUAAUUUUAAAUAUAAUUUCUUUGCGUGCCGCCAAAACACAAAAACAGGAGCCUGCCUCACAUUCCUGGUUAUUUUAAUGGGCCUGGAUGUUACAGUGAUCCUGCUAAACGUCCUUGAGUUCUGCAUCGCUGUGUCCCUUUCUUCCUUUGGGUGCAAAGUAACCUGUUGCCAUACUGACGAGAUUGUGUGGAUUAUGCCAUCAAAUCCUCAUGUGGCAGAAACAGCAGCUCCUGCACCAUUUGCAGCAGGUUUGAUGCCACCAACAGACUGACAACCAAAUGUUCCAGAAAAUCCAUCCUGAGAAUUGUGCAAGAACCUCAUUUGGGAAAAUACCAGAAUCCAACUCUGCUUUCUACAUAUAUAAAAAUAAGUGUGUACACACACACAGAGACAGACACACACACACACAUAAAAUUCAGAAUCACAUUUCACUUUCCCCUGAGAACUCAACAACUCACUUUACUGGCUCUUUAUCAACAGUAGCAGAAAUUAGUGAUUAAAUCAUGCAUUUAAUGAGUCAAUGGUGCUUGUAAGUUUUUAUCCAUUGGGGUGCCUGGUGGCUCAGUCAGUUAAGCAUCUGUCUCUUGAUUUUGGCUCAGGUCAUCAUCUUGGGGUGGUGAGAUCAAGUCCUGCAUUGGGUUCUAUGGUGAACAUAGAGCCUACUUGAGAUCCUCUCUCUCCCUCUCCCUCCACCCCUUCCCGCUCAUGCUCUUUCUCUCUAAUAAAAAAAUAAAAGUCUUUAUCCAUCUUCAGAACUCUAUAUUAGGACAUUAAAUUGGUAAAUUAGAUUCAGCAGCAGAAGGUUAAAAGGAUAUUGCUGAAAUGAGGGCUCCCUAAAGAUGACAUUUUUCUCCUUCCCUGGCCAAUACCCCGACUCUUGACUUUCUUCUCUCACCUGUGGGAAUGCAAGGUUUUUUUUUACCUUCAGAAUAUUGAGAUGCAUAGCUUUCUCCUCUCCUUCCUUUUCCUGUUUUUCCUCUCCCAUAGAAAAUACCUUCUAAUACACAUUCGGUCCUUUGAAGCACACAGACCAUGAUUUGAAUAUAAGUAAACGUAGAGUAAAAAUCAUUUCGUGGAUCAGAUUUCAUUUAUGUUUUCUAUCUCUCUUCACCUUUCUCUCCUCCCUCCUUCCCUACUUUCUCUCUUUCAAUCUCUUUCUCCCUCUCCUUCUGCCCCCCCGGAUUCUCUCUCUUUUAUAGGACAGAAUUAUUAUCUUAAUCAAAUCUAUAUCUCGUGCCAUAUAUGUGAUUGUGCAAUACAUGCUAUUUCCUCAAUGCUCAUUAAAUACAAUUUAUGUAUAUAGAGCAAAAAUAAAUUCAAUGAAAUUAGAAACAAUAA